AUGCGUCUCAUCGACUUGGCAGUCCCCGCCGCGCUUGCCGCAAUGGCACCCAUGGCCGUGGCCACCACCUCCAGCGGACUCACACCAGACAAGCUUGCUCUCGUCUACCAGCGCAUGGUCGAGCUCAGCACCAAGAGCUGGGAGAACGGUACCCGCGCGCAGGCCACGCUCGAGUGGAAGAAUGCAUCGCUGUCGGUCUUUUCGCCCACGACCCCGCUUCCCCUGCCCGAUGGCCUGCAGUCGUCGAGCAUCCCCGAGAUCAUCGAGCUCGCAGAGUCCACCCUCGCGAACCGGCCGAACGCGUCCGACUACAAGGUCAAUGCGACCAGCACGACCACCACCGCGGCUCUCGAGGACACUGCCACUGCCACGGACGGCUCUUCCGAUGGCGAGCAGACGGCAUCGGCAACCACCACCGCCAACGCCACCGCAACCUCCACACCGUGGGUCAACGUCCCGGCCAUGAACAACACCCAGCUGCCCGUCGGCUGGCCUCUGCUCAAGGACGACGCUGCCGGCGACCCCGCGUCUCUCGGUGUCGCUGUCCUUUUGGCCAACGCUACCACCGGCGACGCCACGUACAAUGGCGAGACUUAUGGCGCGGCUGCCGAGGCUCAGCUCAACUUCCUCCUCUACGAUGUCCCCAGGACUGCACAGGGCGCCAUCUCUCACCGUGUCAACGAGGCUCAGCUGUGGGCCGACAACGUCUACAUGGUCCCUCCCUUCCUCGCCUACUACGGUGCCCUCACCAACAACCAGACCCUCCUCGACCUCGCCUACACCCAGAUCUCGCUGUACCGUGACGCCCUGCGCCACUCGGACACCAACCUCUGGCAACACACCGUCUAUGGCGGCGUCGUCGACUCGGGCAUGUGGGCUACCGGAAACGCCUGGGUUGUCGCCGGCUGUGCUCGUGUGAUUGCCACAAUCCAGCGCAGCUCGUUUGCCAGCUCCAUGUCGUCGCAGGUCGCCGACCUCCAGUCCUGGGCCUCGGAGAUUCUGGGCGCCACGGAAAAGUACAUCUCGUCCAACGGCCUGCUGCACAAUUACGUUGACAACUCGUCGUCGUUUGAGGACUCGACGUCGUCGGCGCUCAUGGCCGCCGGUGGUCUGCGUCUCUCGACGCUCAACCUCACCAACGACUAUGUCAACAUGUCGCUCACCCUCCUCUCGGGCGUCUCGAAGAAGGUCAACGACACGGGCUAUGUCACCCAGGUGACUGACCCGUACACCUUUUCCAAGCAGGGCACCGAGUCCCCCGAGGCCCAGUCGUUUGUCAUCCUCGCCUACUCUGCGUACAACGAGUGGGUCGCCCAGGGCUCCAACGGUAUUGAAAAGGGCAAGAACCCCAUCGGCUCGUCGGCCGCCUCCCCUCGCGCGACCGCUGGCAUGGCUGGCCUCCUCGCGCUCGCCACUGCGCUCUGGGUCUUGGCGUAA